CUUUUAUUAGUUAUGGUGUUUUAUUUUUCUUUAUGUAUAGGAACAAUAACAGCCGGUCACUGCUCAUAGGUAGAGUCUUGUACCUGUACUCAAAUUGUAGAGAAAGGGUUUAAAUAAGUUGGCAUGGCAACGAUACGCCAUCACGUAGAAUCGCCUUGAACCAAUAAGGACGCAGAAAACGGUCACGUGUUUUGGGAAGUUUGUAAAAAUACUUUCCUAGCUUAGAUUAGCUGGCGUUUCUAAAAAAUAUCAGUCCCAGCUUUAUUAUAACUUUUUAGUUAUUAUUAAUGGUUGUUGUUUUUCUAUUUAGCUCGUUUAGAGAGUAAAAUUUGGCUACUAUCUCUACUAUGGCAAAAAAAAAGAAUAGCCUAAUGCCAUUUACCUGAACUCACCUCAUUAAGAUGUAGCACACUCACAUUCAAGUUUUAUUGUAAUAAACAACUGGAGCUCCCAACGAAGUUAGGCUAUUACGUCAACUAAACACUGCAUCAUUCUCUGUUUAUAACGUUCACUAACCAGCAGCUGGGUCUCCCGUUCGAGUCCACGAAGCCUUCACUGAUGCUCACUCUCUCCGUCACUCUGCGCUCCAGCACCGCGGCCGGUUGGACAGCGACCAGGCAGCGUCCUCAGCAUCACCGUGGCUCCUCCAAUCAGAGCGCAGCUCGAGGCAGAUUAACCCAAACAGCCCCGGUGCUGCUCUGUAGUAGCAGCCUUAGAAACAAGCCCGGACCCCUGAUCCUCGUGGACCCAGACUGGGCAGGUGGAAGCUGCUUGGUUAACCCGAUUUCAACAACAGGACAUUUAUAAUUACCUUUUUUUUUUAAUUCAGUUUCAAUCCGGAAUCGGGAAAUGGAGGCUUGCUCGAUGAUUGGAGAAAGCACGGAUGCGAUAGUGAUGGAUGAUUCUCCUACAGAUGAAAGAGAAAUUCAGGCACGCAGAAGUGAGAUCCCUCGGUUGUCUUUGUGCCCUCCUGACAGCGAGAGUGAUGCUGAGGCCCAGUUGACAGUCAUCCAGUCUGAAGGGGAACUAUGUGACAGCUGCAGCAGCCUCGGCAGACCUUCUUCCUCCUGCCAGCUUUAUCACCAAGUCCCCCAGUGUCGUCAAUCUGGGCACUAUGAUUCUUCACAGCCAAGAAAAAGUCCCCACUGCAGCCAUUACAAGCCAACCAAAUUAAAGACCUGCCAAGACUGUCAUUCAAACAAAACAGGUCCUCAUGCAGAAGGAGGGGGAGUGAAUGAAGUGGGACACAGUUGUAGUUCAGCCCAUCAGUCGUCCCGUCAUAGCGCUGUGAGGUGCCACUGGCUGCAUGGGUCAAAUGAGAGCGGGGCACAGAAACCAAAGCAGAGACACGUGGUGACCGUGAGGGAGGGAAGUCUCUACCGCAUCGUUAGAAAUUAUUCCCAGUUGAUAGUAGACUAUCCAUUAGCUGUGUUGGUUGGUUGUGCUGUGGUGCUGCUGGGAUGCUCACUGGCUGGACUUUUCAUUGGUCCACUUCCAGACUUCUCAGACCCGCUUCUGGGCUUCGAGCCACGGGGUACAUACAUCGGAGUACGCCAGUCCAGUUUGUCUGAGCUGCAGAAGAAUACAGGCCCGGGGAAAUCUCUGUCUCCUCUACCACAGCAGCUCAGUGAAAGUGGAGACAGCAGCCAUGACCCGUCCAGGCUUCGCAUUAAGAGGAUGCUGGCGAGAGAUUCAUCACCAGACACCUUCCUGUGUGACACCCCAGGUGAGCGUUUGGCUCAGUUGGUGUUUCGCUCAGAAAACUCGGCCAGUCUUUGGAGUCUAAAGGCCAUCCACGUCAUGUGUGAGAUGGAGCAAUCCAGGAUUCGCUCCCAGGCUCAGUUCCAGGACCUGUGCCAGCAGCCCGUGAGGGCGGAGGCUGAGGGAACAUCCAGAAGUGCUUGUUGUCCGAGCUGGUCUCUGGGGAAUUACUUGGCUGUCCUUACUAAUGCCUCCUGCUGCCUCAGUCUCACCUCACACCAGGUGUCUGAGUCUCUCAACCUUCUCCGGAAAUGUGCCCCAUACUAUCAUGAAGGACAGCUAGUGGAGGCCUGCGUUGCAAGACCAAAAACUGGCAGCUGUUCCUCUGUCCCGUCCCGCUGUAAACAAUCCCAUGUGGUGUUCCAAAUCCUGCACUUCCUGGUAGAUAAAGACUUCCUUGGGCCGCAGACAGUCGAGUACCAAAUUCCUACGCUGAAGUACAGCCUUCUGUUUUUACCCGUCAACAAAGGGGAGCACAUGAUGGAGAUGUACAUGAACAGCCUUGAAGGCAGGGAUCUGACAUACAACAAUACGACUAUCACUGGCAUGGACUUUGGCAUUAAGCAGUCGCUGUUCAAGUAUUAUCUUGCUCGAGAUUCGGUAUACCCGAUCCUAGCGGUUGUAUCUCUUCUUGUCACUAUGACUCUUUAUCUGCACUCUCUCUUCAUAGUGGCAUUAUCUGUAAUAGCAAUCACAGGCUCCCUCCUGACCACCUAUUUCUUCUACAAAGUAGCAUUUCGCCUUGCAUUCUUCCCCCUGGUCAACCUCUCAGCAGGUCUUAUUCUCCUGGGAAGCUGUUCCAAUCAGGUUUUUGUCUUCACUGAUUUCUGGAAUUUGCAGUUAUCUCAGAAUCCCGAGGCCUCGCUGGAGAAGAGAGUAAACAGAGCGAUGCAAGAAGUAGGAUAUUUGAUUUUGGCGUCAGGGUUUACUUCCAGUGCCGCUUUUUUCUCUGGUUAUCUCAGCAGCAUCACAGCAAUCAGAUGUUUCUCUGUUUAUCUAGGAAGUGCCUCGUGUAUCAGCUCAAUCUUGGCUUUGGUUUGGCUGCCUUGCUCUUUCAUUUUGCGCGAGCGCUACACACAAGCAUCCUCUGCAUCGGUAGCAGUACAGGGAUGGAAACCAUGCUGCUCCAAAAACCCUGGCGGCUUCUGGAAUACGAGCUCACGCAAGAGAUGCCUCUUCAUUCUUGGGCAGAAGCUGCGAGAAGUAAAAAGAGGUCUAAGUGACACCUCCAAUUUAUUAUUUAUGAAAAUCCUGCCUUGUGGAGUUGUGAAGUUUAGGUACAUUUGGGUGUGCUGGUUUGCGGUGCUCGCUGCUGGGGGCAUUUACAUGACUUGCAUUGACCCAGGCAUGAAACUGCCCACCUUAGACAGCAGGGUCACCCAACUUUUCCGCUCCAGUCACCCGUUUGAAAGGUACGACUCAGAGUAUCGCCACAUGUUUAUGUUUGAGAGACAGAGGAAUGGAGAGGAUAAACCACUUACAAUAAGGCUUGUUUGGGGUGUCACACCGACCGAUAAUGGGGAUCACUUUAACCCAAUGAGCAAUGGCUCUCUGGUUCUUGACCCGUACUUUAACAUGAGCCGUCCAGAUGCACAGGUUUGGUUGAGGGACUUGUGUGCAAGGGUUCAGAACCAAAGCUUUUAUUCCCCUCCAUCGCCUGAGGAUAAAGAUGAUAUGACAAAUAUCUGUCUUGUAGAGCAGCUAAUACAUUGGGUAUCUGUGAGACAAUGCUCAGAGAGUAAUGACUCCCUCCAUUUUUGCUGCAAUGAAAUCCCUUUCCCUUACCCCCCCAGCAUUUUUGAGAACUGCCUCAGUAUGAUGCUCGCAGAGAGGUAUGCCGAGGGCCAUCUGGCUCACAGCGGAGGCCUGUUCUUCCAGCCAGAUGGCAAAGUCGCUGCCCUUGUGUUGGCAUUCGGAACCACAUACCUCUACAGCUUCAACUUUAGUAGAACCAGUGUUUUCUACAGAGAAAUCCUGACAUGGUUUAACAGCGAAAUAUCAGGAGCACCACAAGGGCUCAAGAACGGAUGGUUCAGCAGCCAUCUGUCUCUUUUUGACUUGCAACAGUCUUUAAAAUCAGAGACUCUUGUAGUAGCUGGUUUCUCAGUAGCGCUCACAUUUGCUUUGCUGCUCUUAACCACUUGGAAUAUUCCACUAAGCAUUUAUGGGACUACAGCUGUAGGAGGCAGUGUUUUUGUCACUGUAGGCCUCCUUGUUCUACUUGAAUGGCAGCUAAGUGGCAUUGAGGCUCUGUUUAUAUCAGCAGCAGCAGGGCUGUCUGUUGACUUUGUUGCCAACUAUUGCAUAUCUUAUAGCCUAGCCCCGCAUUCAGACAAAAUUGGAAAAGUAGCACAUGCCACUAAAAGGAUGGGAUGUCCAGUAGCAAUAGUUUCUGGUGCAUUUUUCUCCAUGGGGAUUAUCAUGCUGCCCUCCACCGCCCUGCUCUUCAGAAAACUGGGGAUCUUCCUGUUUUUGGUUAAAUGUGUAGCAUGUGGAUUUGCAACCUUCUUUUUCCAGUCCCUUUGCUGCUUUUUUGGACCCGAAAGAAACUGUGGAAUGAUUACGCUGCCAUGUUGUUCGGAUCACAGUGACAGCGCUCUAUCUUCUUGCUCUACAGCAGAGCCUGGUUCUUCGUCGGCCUCAGCAGCUAAUGGGGCCUUUAGCAGACCUAGACUGAGCAAGAGUUAUGACAAAGAAGCAGGUGGGUAUCUGUACCCUAACCACCAACGUCAGCAGAGCCAGAAACAGACGGGAGUAGGAUGUGGGGGGCCGGAGCAGUACGAGCUUCAGCCCUUAGCUUAUCGACUGAGCGACAGCUUUGAGAACAGCACCUGCACCAGUAAGCUGUCCAACCGGCCCUCUGUGCUCUCUGAUGAAAUUGAGUUUUGUGGGAAAGAUGUGGACAAGAGUAGCGUGGAGGGGGACAGCGAAGGGAUGUGCAGCCACCAACAUAAGAUCUGUCAAUCACCUCCAGCCCUCCAGACUUCAUCUCCGUACAAAGAAAACACCCUGCGCCCUACAGGCCUGGCACAAGAAGAUGUAGCCAAGGACAAGCUUCUCUGUAAAACAUGUAAAGGUCAGUCUAGUCGGAUGAAGAACUGGAGCAAUACAUCCUUCUCCUCAUCUUCGAGCAUUGAGGACACCAUUAUCAGCCACACCAUGGAGACUUUUGACCAACUGUCACUCUGCAAGGACGAACAAACAGCAGAGCAGACACUUCAUCAAGGUCAUGACUCAGCUGAAGGGAUCCUCUUCUCCCAGUCUCAGAGCUCUUGUGAGGGCUUGGAGGACUCUAAUGACACAUGCCUGAGUGAAAUCAAACCAGGGCCUUCAAACACGCAGCAAUAUCAAAGAGAAGAAGAGGUACAGUUAAGACCAGGACAUCUAAAUGGGAGAAGAGAUACACUUCGUCUCUCGCUGAAAGAAACAGUUUAUGAGACUAGUAAUAAGGAACGUUUCAGUCAGAGUGAAGAGGUGGUUAUACUACCCAACAGUAAACCAGACCUGCCGGACGUUUGGAUAAAGAGAGAUGGACAACGAGAGGAUACAUGUUGAGCAAAGUUUGGAGAAUCUUUGCAACACAGUGCAUUAAAUGCUCUAAAAUUAUAUUUUAAAAAAACUAUUGAAGAAUUUUCGUAAGCAUAUAUAACACAAAAUAGGAGCCUACACUGUUAAUUUAAAGGAAAUAUAAGCCAACUGCAAAUGCAACACACGACAGCAUGUGAGUUCAGUGUUGCUGCUAAGGUUGUCACAGUGUAUGUUGGAAAUUGAAAAAGGUCAGAGCAUGUGUUUCUUCAGUCAAAAGGUCGAAACAAAGCAUGAGCUGUUGAUUUUCACGAGUAAAUUAAAAAGGCACCUUUUUUUCUUUGCACCAAUCUCACACUUGAAGAAACUUAAAACUGCUUUGUGCUGUCAACGAAAGAAGUGAUACUGCAGAGUUUACUUUGUGCCUGGAACACCUACAUAACCUGGCUAAAUACAAAAGUAGUGCUACCCGUGUGCAACCACUGGCCUUUCCUCAUACAAGAAAUUACCUUAAUGAGCCAUAAACAUUAACAGACAUUUGACUGGAAAAAAUAAAUAAGUAUAUGUAUAAAAUACAUGAGAAAUACAGAAAAGCUUCAUUCAGUAGCAAAAAUCUGCCACUACAGUCAGUGAACAUUGCACUGUAUUGCAAUAUGUAAAGUAUGUCCUUUGUGACUUUGACAUUUAAAAACAGAAACCUACAGUUAGUAAUGUGUCAUUUGUAGUGUCAUAGCUUGUUUGCAAUAAGUGUCUUAUUGUCAAUUUAAAAAUCCUGCUGUUUAUUCCAGCUUCAGUGACAAAAUAUACAAAAAAAAGGUUUCUUAUACAGAUAUGACGUUAAAUGUGGGUUUAUACAGUUGCUGGAAUAUUUGGGUGCACAUUUCAACAUUCUUCUACUAUUCUCCUUAGUGGAUAAAACCUAUGUUUUCCUUUUCACAGCAGUCGUUGAACCAUCAAAUGUCACUGCCUAAACAGCUAAUGAUUUGUAUAUAGACCUUGCUGCAGCACUGUUAACAGAAUAUCUGAUGAACAAAAAGCCUUCACAUACGCACCACAGGUGAAAUGUCACGUAAGCUGAUUUUGUGCAUCUCAAUAUCAUUCAAAUAAUUGUAUUUAUGUUAUGAACAGCAUGUGCCAAAUGUCUUAUGACAGCUUUUUUUUUUACAUGCUGAAACAACUGAAAAUGUGUGUUUUUUGUGCAGAGGGUGUGUCCUAUAACAUAGUAAGUAAAUGAGAAAUGUGUGUAUGGUCCCUAGUGUGAUAAUAAGUAUAUAUGUCAAAGCAGUGUUAGAGGUGAUGGUGGGUCAGACAUGGACAAGAACAGACUUGUGUCAAAUGUGCCUCUGAGCAGAGUUGUAUUCAUGCGUUCUCUUUAUAAGAAGUGUUUGCUUUUGACUUCUUGUCUGUAACAUCACAAUCCUUCAAAAAGCCUUCAAUAUAAAUCACCGAGCAGAGAAACCAGCCUUAGAGACACAUGAAAGCAACAACACAAGCUUUGUAUUAAGAAGAAAUAAUUAAAAAAAAAAAAAAAAGGUCCUAACCAUCAUUACUAUUUGAAGAUGCCAAUGCUGUUAAUUUUUUACAAAAGAAAUAAAAAACACAUUUUCCUGCGG